CACUUCUGAUGCUUCUUCUUCAAUAAUAAAAAAACGUUAAGGGUCUCAGUAUAAUAAUGGCUUCGUCUUUGUUAACAAUGGCCGUCACCGCCAAUGGUACUCAGAGCUAUGAUACGUCACCGUUCGGUAAACGUAGAAUGCCUAUUAAACCCCUUAGCUUUCGUCCCUCUCCGGUGCUUUCUGAAGCCUCUUUUAGUCUAUUUAGACGCUUCCAAACACCCCUUUCUUCUUCUUCUCCACACCUUCGGGAGGCGAACAGCAGCCAAGCAAUGGCAAAAGAACGUAGUGUUGGCGAAGAAGCAAAACCACAAGAAAUUUUGGAUUUUGGAGGGGCAUUAUGGACUUUUCUCAGGCCUCACACCUUCUAUGGAACUCUUCUGGCUUCAUGUUCGUUGGCGGCUAGAGUGUGGAUCGAAAAUCCAAAUCUAAUGCAGUGGUCGAUUAUAACAAGAGCACUUUGGGGUCUAGCGGAGUUACUAUGUGGGAAUAGUUAUAUUGUCGGCAUCAACCAAAUUUAUGACGUCGAUAUUGACAAAGUAAACAAACCAUAUUUGCCCAUAGCGGCGGGGAAGAUCACAAGGAAACAAGCUUGGUUUUUAACGACGUCGUUUCUGGUGGUCGGGGUGUUAUCGGCCACGCUUAAUUCAGGCCCAUUCCUCAGUUCUCUAUAUUGUUUCGCUCUAUUACUUGGAACACUUUACACUGUUCCUCCUUUUAGAUUGAAGAAAUACCCCAUUGCUGCUUUCCUCUGCAUUGCUUCGGUAAGAGGUUUUCUCAUAAACUUUGGUGUAUAUUAUGCAUCGAGAUCUGUUCUUGGACUUCCAUUCGAGUGGAGCUCACCCGUGGCCUUUAUCACCACGUUUGUUACGCUUUUUGGUUUGGUCAUUGCCCUUACAAAAGAUCUUUCCGACAUAGAAGGUGAUCGCAAAUAUAAAAUAACAACAUUUGCUACAAAGCUUGGAGUAAGAAGGUUGGCGUUUCUUGGUUCGGGAAUUCUUCUUCUCAACUAUGUUGCUGCCAUUUUGGCUGCCAUUUUUAUGCCUCAGGCUUUUAGACGAAGCAUAUUGAUACCCACUCAUGCAAUUAUGGCAAUGAGUCUCAUUCUUCAGACAAGAGAAUUAGAUCAGGCAAAAUACACCAAGGAAGCAGCUUCAAACUACUACAUGUUCUUAUGGAAGUUGUUCUAUGCAGAAUAUUUGGUCUUCCCUUUUAUAUAAAAUUCUUCUUGGUGUAUGGUUCUCUAUGUCGGGAGAGUUGGAGAGAUUUUGCUAUUUACGAACCACUCAUAGAUGUCAGUACACGUAACUAGAGAUAGUGUGAUAUAUAUGUUCUUGUAAACUUUUAUUGUUAGAAUUAAUUGAGCGAUUAUCAUACAGUAAUUAUACAACAACUUAACAUGUAAAUUCGUUGACUUAAAAAACCUAUGGAAGGUGAGUUUAGAUUUCAAGAAGUAAA